AUGUCUGAAGUGCUCACUGUGGACGCCAUCCUGUUUGGCAUCCUGGUGUUCUCUGGACUUUUAGGGAAUAUACUGGUCAUCUAUACGGUGUUGCAGUGCGCCCUGGAGAACCCGUCCCAUCAGCUGCCGCCCUCGGACAUGAUCCUGCUCAAUCUGUCCCUGGCGAACCUUCUGACAUCGAUAUUCCGCACGGUACCCAUCUUCAUCUCGGAUCUGGGACUGAACAUCUCUCUGGAGACCAACUGGUGCCGGGUCUUCAUGCUGCUGUGGGUGUGGUGGCGUGCCGUGGGCUGCUGGGCCACCCUGACACUGAGUGUGUUUCACUACACCACGCUGAAGCGGAAGCGUGUGGCCAUGGGCCCGCUGGCUCAGCAGAGGGACCGGCGACGGGUCAUGUUGGCGCUGGCAGUCGUGUGGGGCGCCAACCUGCUGUUCUCGCUUCCUGCUGUGGUCUUCACCACACGUGUGUAUGGGAACGUCACCACCGAGCUGAUGGUGAUCAGCUGCACCACGCGCCCGCUGCUCGGCUGCAUGUGGAAUUUCCCGUCUAGAGAGCAGGGGUCAGCCUUCGCCUCCGCAUCGCUCGCCCUCAACGAGGUUCUUCCUCUGCUGCUGAUGGUGAGCACCAACCUGGUGACCCUUCAAACGCUCUCCAAACACAUCCGCACAGUAACCGCGGGGGUGGAGGGCGGCACCUCUCACGUGAACACGGAGCGCAAAGCAGGACACGUGAUCCUGGCGCUGGUCUCCCUGUUUGUGAUUUGCUGGGUGAUGCAGCUGGCGGCCGUGACUUACUACAACUACGACGGCGGGGUCCACACGCAGGGUCUUCUCACCAUCUCGCAGUUCUCCACCUCUCUCUUCGUGGGUUUCAGCCCCCUGGUGGUGGCGCUGGGGCAUGGCAAGCUGCGCAAGAGGAUCGCAGCAAUGAUGCAGGUAAUGGUGGCGAACAUGCGCUGCAGGGAUGUGAGCACGGAUGGGAAGAAGAAGGGGGCGCUGGAGAGCAGCACCGUCUCGUACAAGCAAACGCUCCGCGACCGCCGUGAUCUCAGCACCGAGGAAACACACACGCGUAAUAAAUGAUGGAAUUGGAGAUGUGAACAUUCAAAACAAAUGUGUUAAAGAAGUCUGUACACAUAUAAGCGGUUCAUUUAAAAACAUGUUUUAUUUAAAUAAAUAUCUUUUUUUU